AACGCUGCAUUUACCAGCAUCAUGGGCUACGUGUAUCACAUGAAGAAGUGUGGAAAGGAGGAGUCUGAGCUGGAGAAAAUGCUGCUGAACUGCUCUCACUGUGGGAAGACCUAUAAAUCCAAGGCUGGUCUGGAGUAUCACCUGAAAUCAGAGCAUGCUCCUACACCACAGAAGACUGAGGAAGAUGAGGCACUGAAGGCCCAGAGGGAGGCUAAUCCAGAGAGGACGCCCAGCGGCAGGGUGCAGAGAGCCUCGGCCCAGGUGGCCAACUUCCACCUGGCUGAGAUCGCCAACAAUGAACUGCCCAAAGACUGGCCCAAGAGGAAGUUUCAGUCUGACCUGGUACCAGAUGACAAGAAGUUGAAAUAUGCCCGACCGGGCCUCCCUGCCUUCAGCCAGGAGGUGCUGAGGAAGUGGAAGAAUGAGGUGAAGCUGCAGAGGAAAGUCCAGUGCCCCAACCAGGGUUGCGGCUGCACCUACACGAGUGUGUCUGGACUCAAAGCUCAUCUGGGACUCUGCACGAGGGGCGACUUUGAGGCCGGUAAAUACAGAUGUCUGAUCUGCAAUAAAGAAUUUAACUCUGAAAGUGGAGUGAAAUACCACAUCAACUCUGUCCAUGCACAGGAUUGGUUUGUGACGAACAAAAAAGCUUCCAAGAAGUUUGAGAAGUUCCUUAAAAACCAGCCCAAAGAGGUCAUCCGUGAUGUGGAUAAGCAGACUGUUGAUCAGUACCACCAUCAUCACCUGCAGCAUCAUCCUCAUCAUCAUCAUCAUCAGCAGCACCAUCAACACCACUCACACCACCACCAUCAGCAGCAGCAGCACCAGCUCCAGCACCAGCCUCUGCAGCACCCACUUCAGCCGCUGCAUCACCUCCAACACCAAACUCAGUACCUCCAUCCAGAGAGGCAGAACCUCCGUCCACAAGUGGACCCCCAGCCCCAACAGCCGAUGCUCCAGUACACCAGUUUGGAGCCUCCUCCGGGGCCAGUGUGGGUCGAUAUGGACCACAGAGGAGGAGUGCUGGGGCCGGAGCAGGCCCCGAUCGAAAUGGAAAUGGCUGACAAACCUGAGGAGGACAGCGGUGGGAUGGUGAAGGAUACAAGGAGAGGGAAGGAGGAAAGAGGAGUAGAUGUAGGAGAGAGGGGGAAGGCUGACAGGAAGCAGAAGGAUUGCUUCACUUUUGGUGGUAGCAGCGGAGGCGGAGGUUGUGGGCGCAGCAGCAGCAGUAGCAGUAGCAGCAGCAAUACCGGCAGCUCAUCGAGUGAAUCGGAGGUCGAGCAGCAGGAGCGGCAGAGACAGAUUGACCAGUGGAGCCUGAAACGACCGGGCAUCAUGGGCCUCUCACUGAGGCUGGAAAGCGACAGAGAAACACUUAAAAAGACCUAAAAAAACACACUUUCCUUAACAUUUCAAAUGUCUGCAGCUGAUUUUAAUGGAAGUAGUGAAAAAAAGGUGAAGCAAGAAAAACAUCUGCAUAAGUUUUCCACAAGACAAACCUGUGAGACGGCAACUGAGACAAUUAAAUCCACUAACCUUUCGGAAGUGAAGACAAGCUCAAGCUGUGAGCGUGGAAAGCUCAGACUGCUCGUUUCCAGAGGCUGCUUCUCUGUCUUGAAAUGGUUGUCGUUGUAUAACCUUGAGAAAUGUAGUUUAUCGUGUGCUUAUCUGUAACAGAUCGUUUUCACCAACUUUAAGCAUCUUAUUGUUUAAAAGGUUUCAUAAAACUCUUCUUGUCUUUCAUGUUUAACAUCAAAAGUUAACCUGAACAGAGACUGCCAGGUGGACUGUUUACUUGUACUUGUCUAGUCACGCUCUCCGAAGACAUUUUGUGCCUCUCGAGUAUGAUUAGUAUAACUUCAUACUACUCAUCACUUUUAAUUAUGACUGAUCACCUUCCUUGGUGAAGUAAUGUUGGAAAUGACAGGAUCACCGUUCACUGGCUUGGAUUCUUCUGUCUGUCUGAUAUUGUUUUCAUUUCAGAUUUUUUUUUAAUAUAAUUUUGUAUUUAGUUGCCAUUCUUAAGUAAAAUCUGCUGCCAGUUUACAGACCUUUGGGCAUGUACAUGUGACAUAUACGUAGCAGUGAAGCAAAUCUAAUGUAAAAUGAAAGAAAUAAA